AUGGACGACGACCCGUCCCCGCCGACGACUUCCCACGAGCCCUUCGUCACCAUUACCCAUGACUCCGACGCCGCCGUCCAGAACACGGCUCCCCUGGUCCGCUCCGAUACCGACACCCCAGUCCAAGCACCCCCUCUGGCCCGGACAUGUUCUGAAGAUGACGCCGCCUCCUCGGCCUCGCUGCCGGCCGCAGACGACAAGACUCUACAAAGCCCUUCAACACCGCUGCGUAUUUCCACCGAGAUCUCGGUUCCCGCGCUCGCCACCGCCGGCCUUGCCCGCCGCGGCUCGCUGAGCGCCAACGCCAACCUCUCCACGCCUCGAGCCGUGACUCACAAGGCCUCCCAUAACAGCCUGCAGCCCCUGUCCAGGACCCCGAGCCUUAGGUCUUCCGUCGCACACGGCUUUGGAUCCGCGGGCGGAAGUAGUAGCGCCAUCCCGAGCCCCGUCAUCGCCGCCAUGGGCGAUAUGACGCCUCUUCCGAGCCCCCUCCUCUCCAGCGAUUCCCCCGGCCCGUGGAGGAGACUAAGCAUCGGCUCCGGGUCGCCACCUCUGGUUCGUGCUCGGUUGGCCUGCAUGGGCCAGGUCUCGGUCCUCGUCACGAACAAUGGCGAGUCGGUCGAGUCGGCUGCCGCAAACGCGCCCAAGCGCAAGAUGUACGCGGCAAUGGACGCGGCCAACACGGCCCCGCAUCCCGAACAGCCGCAGCCGCAGCAUGCACACCAGCCCAAGAACCGCAGCAUCAGCGAAUACAUUCCGAAUCCCGUAAGUGGGCCCAAGAGGCCGGUGAUCGUCUCUGGCUCCCACGCCGAGAUUGGCGCCAGAGACCAAGAGUCGCAAAUGCGAAGGGAGCUCAACUAUGCCGAGUCUCGAGGCUUGACCCCGACCGUCACACAGCCUCCCACUCCUCCCCCGAGCGAGUCGUCGAGAGACUCGAGCGACGGCAGCAAGCUCAAGGAUCAAGGCUAUGAAUACUUUGAGGCCCGCGCCCGCAGCGACCGUAAGAUGCGGCGUUGGAGGUCCAUUGGCUUUCUCGGCCAGGGCACCUUUAGCCGGGUCAUCUUGGCAACUAGCCAGGCGGUUCCCGAUGGCGAUUCCGGCGAGCCCAGUGCAGCCACACCAACGACGCCCGUAACGGAGUGCAGCGUGGCUCGCAGGAAGCUCGUGGCCGUCAAGGUGUGCGAGCACGGCCCGCGGGGCGGCGCGUCCGAAGAGCGCGUCGAGAUGAGCCUGAAGCGCGAGCUCGAGAUCUUGCAAAGUAUAAACCACCCGUCGCUGGUCAACCUCAAGGCCUGGAGCAUAGAGCCCACGAGGGCCAUUCUCGUACUCAACUAUUCCCCCGGCGGCGAUCUCUUCGAGGUGGCGACGGCGCACCGGGCGGUUCUGACUUCGUCGCUGUUGAGGAGGAUGUUUGCCGAGCUGGUCGGCGCGGUGCACUAUCUGCACGAGAGGAGGAUCGUGCAUCGAGACAUCAAGCUUGAGAAUGUCCUCGUCAACCUGAGCCCGGCCGAGCUGGCAGACCCGACAAUGGACUGGGCUACCUUGCCGCAGUCGGUCGUCACCUUGACGGACCUCGGCCUCUCCCGCCGCGUCGCAGACGACGAGAAGCUCGAGACUCGAUGUGGGUCGGACGACUACGCAGCCCCCGAAGUCAUCAUGGGCCAACCGUACGACGGCCGGGCCAUUGAUGCCUGGUCUCUGGGCGUCCUGCUCUACGCCCUCCUCGAGGCCCGGCUGCCGUUUGACCCCCACCCGGGCAUGAGCGACGCCCAUCGCAUGCGCAGUCGCACGAGCCAUCGGAUCGCGAGGGUCGAGUGGCGCUGGAUCGAAUAUGCCGGGGAGGAUGGCGACCACGAGGGCAAUUUGGCCAAGUUUGAGGAGCGGGGCCUCGCCGGCGCCAUGGAAAUCACCGAGGGGCUCCUCAAGCGGGCGCGGAGCCGCUGGAGCGUUGAAAAGGUGACUGCGCAGCCGUGGGUGCGAGACGCCGUCCAGGUCGACGGCGGACUUCAAUUCUGGGAAGAGGACGAGGCCGAGGAAGUGUAG